UUAUCAGCUGUCACCCAGCCGGUGAUGUCUUUUUUUCUAUGCUGUUGACAUGUUUAAAGUCAUGAAAUAGGAAGUUGGGAGCGACAUUAGGGCGAUACGAAAUAAAUUAACUGAGCAAUGACUGCGAUUAGACAUACUUUGCAACGGGAGGUAUUUCAGCCAUCUGAUGAGAGCUUGUUAGCAGUGGUGCAUGUAAGCAAGCUAUUAAAAAAGAAGAAAUUAAGUUUUUUGUGCAUAGCUUCGUCAACAGAGAAACCUAUUUCGAUCAUAAUAUACCAGGUGAAGAAGACUGAUAAAAAUGUGUACAAGAAGAAGCGUUCAUGGAACUUGAGUGAACUGAAGGCUGUAAAUGGCAAGAAUGUUUCUAAGGACACCCAUGAGUUUGAUUUGCAUCUCGACAAGAUUUACAAGUGGUUUGCCAUCAACCUGCAAGAGAGGCAGAACUUUCUCAUCGUGCUGUGCAAGCAAUGUCACAAGUAUCUCCUGAAGGAGAAGCCAGCGUUCCACAACCUCCCGGAGGAGUGGACUGAAGAUGCAGGACACAUGGUGGAGAUAGAAGUAGCUGCCACUCCAGGUGCAGUGGACGCGGUCGAGACGGAGGAGUACCUGGCCUUGAACGAGCGCGAGGAGCAGGACCUGGAGAGGCUGAUGUCCCAGUGCGAGCUCGGCGUCAGCAACGCAGAGGCCUUCAUGGAGAUACUGGCCAAGGACCUCUCCGUGCUGGACGGGGCGAACGUGCACAGCGUGCUGGCCUCGGAGCAGCAGGUGGGGCAGCUCACGCAGCAGAUAGAGGCGGCCAUCGCGGAGGCCGGGCGGCUGGAGGGCCGGCUGGACUCGUACGAUGAGGUGCUGUGCCACAUCCGCGACACCAUGGAGAAGAUGGAGGAGAAGAACCUGCUGAUCGAGGUGGCCAGCCGCAACAACAGCAAGCUGCUGGGCGAGCUGCAGGCCGUCGUCGCCCAGCUGGACCUGCCGCAGGCCCAGCAGGCGGCCCUGGCGGAGGCCGACCUGGCCAGCGCCCGGGGCCUGGCGGACGCCGUGGCCGCGGGCGCCGCCCUCCUCGCCGCCGCGGGCGCCCAGGUCCACCCGGCCCUCGAGCGCAUGGCCGCCGUCCGCGAGCAGCGCCGCCGCCUCGACAAGUGGAGGGCCAAGUUCUCCCAGACCGUGUCGCGCCACCUCAACAACCUCUUCAUCCACCUGGGCAAUGACGCGGGCGACGCCCUGGGGUUCCACUCCCAGGAGCUGACCCUCCCGCGCCACACGUCGGUCCACCGGGAGCUCCAGCCCUACGCGGAGCUGAUGCGCUGGUGCAAGGCGAUGGACUACAAGGCCUACACCGCCCUCUCCCGCGUCUACACCUCGUCCCUGGGCAAGCUGUACGAGCGGGAGGUCCGGCGCUUCUUCGAGCUGGCCCGGCAGCAAGUGUCCGGCUCCAGGGACAGGCGAGUGAGGACCAGCGGCUCGAACCAGGACCUGGCGGGCAAGCAGAAGACCCCCGGCCAGGGCAAGGCCCCGCCCGCCCCCGCCCUGCUGGGGGAGGAGCGCGAGCAGUGGGGGGAGGCGGACCCCGCCGAGAGGCAGCGCUUCGACGAGGUGUUGGAGCGGGCGCUGGCGGAGCUGGAGCCGGUGUGCCUGGCCGAGCAGGACUUCUGCGUCGGCUUCUUCCAGCUGGACGUGCGCGGCCCCGGCGGCAAGGCGAUUCUGGACGGGCCGUCGCCGCCCGGCAGUGACGAGCUCGACGCGACUUCGCCCGUGUCGGUCCUCCCGCUCAAGAAGAUGGAGAAGCAGAUCAACGGCGAGGUGCGGCGCAUGAUGGGGGAACUGUUCUCGUGCCUGCGUCCGGAGCUCCUGGCCUUCGUGGCCUUCUAUGAGAAGACAGACAGCUUCAUGUGCAUGUCCGUGCUGGUGCGGCUGCGGCAGCACGUGAUGUCCGCGCAGGACACGGGGUCCUUCCUCAGCACCACGUUCGGCUCGGUGCUGGUGGAGGUGAAGCGCAACUUCGACACGUACAUGCAGUCGCAGCUGGCCUCCGUGGAGGAGGCCCGGGCGAGCCGCAAGGGCAGGUGCGGCAUCCUGCCCUACGUGGCCAACUUCGAGGACUUUGCUUCAACAGCUGAGUCCAUCUUCAGGAACCCGGAGCACCGCACUGACUUGGACAAGUGGUACCCCAAGUUGAUGGCAGCCAUUUUCGAGGCCGUCCCUCGCAACGCUGCGGAGCACAAGGGCCCGGAGGAGGUCAUCAAGAUGGAGAACUUCCACCACCUGUUCGCGGUGUUGUCGCAGCUGAAGAUCCCGGCGCUAGAAAAGUGGCGGAAGGAAGCCAAGCAGAAGUACAGCGAAGCCCUCAAGGCAUACGUCACCCAAUACUUCGGCCGGCCUCUUGAGAAGCUAAACCUGUUCUUCGAGGGGGUGCAGGCGCGUGUGGCCCAGGGCGUGAAGGAGAGCGAGAUCAGCUACCAGAUGGCCUACAGCAAGCAGGAGCUGCGCAAGGUGAUCCAGCAGUACCCCGCGCGAGAGGUCAAGAAGGGGCUGGACAGCCUGCACCGCAAGGUCGACAAGCACCUCUGCCCCGAGGAGAACCUUAACCAGGUGGUGUGGCAUGCAAUGCAGGAGGAGUUCAUCACGCAGUACAAGUGCAUCGAGGAGCUGAUCCAGCGCUGCUACCCGGGCUCCAUGAUCACCCUCGACUUCUCCAUCCAGCAAAUACUGGAGUUCUUCUCCGAGAUCGCCCGCACCCACAACUGACCUGCCCAGCUGUUCCCACGUUACUCUUCCUCCACCUUUGUUUCAGUAUUUAUUAAGAUUUUUUUUCUUCUGAGAGAAAAUGAUACACAUUGUGCAAUAUUGUAAUUAUAACUUACCGUCUUUUUUGUACUAUAAAUAUUGUGUUUUUCAUAUGUAAAUACACAUUAUUUACUAAA